CCUCAGUUAAAGAGGAAGAGCAGGCCUGUGGGUAACUGCGUGUGAGUCAGCUUUUAUCUCAGCUGGCGCGAGCCAGCUCCCUUACUUCUGGGAGCCAUGCUGAGGAGCUGCACCGCGGGACUUCGCUCGCUCUGGGCCCUGCGCGGCCGGCCUGAAGGCGCGCCCCGGCUAUCGACGGAUCUGCAACCCGCGCGGAGGUUGUUUUCUACUGAGAAAGUCAUUCAUAAGGACUGGGCUCUCCCCAACCCCAGCUGGAGCAAGGACUUCAAACUCCUUUUUGACCAGUUUAUGAAGAAAUGUGAAGACGGCUCCUGGGAACGUUUGCCUUCAUAUAAACAUAGAUCUACUCAAGAGAGUGAAGACUCCAAGACCAAUUUCUUUGACCCAAAGCUUGUGGAAGAAGAACGAUUAUCACAGGUGCAGCUCUUCACCAGAAGCUUUGAGGAUGGCCUGGGCUUUGAAUAUGUGAUAUUCAAGAAUAAUGAUGAGAAAAGGACAGUUUGCUUGUUUCAAGGAGGUCCUUAUCUUCAAGGAAUACCUGGAUUGCUUCAUGGAGGUGCCAUGGCAACAAUGAUAGAUAUUGCUCUUGGUUCGUGUACUGGCGAAGCUAUCAUGACUGCAAAUCUCAACAUCAAUUUUAAAAGACCUGUCCCUCUUUGUUCUGUUGUUGUGAUAAAUAGCCAACUUGAUAAACUUGAGGGGAGGAAAUUGUUUCUUUCCUGUAAUGUUCGAAGUGUUGAUGAGAAGACACUAUACUCAGAGGCAACAGGUUUAUUUAUAAAGCUGAAUCCUGAAAAAAGGUCAACAUAAAAGAGCUUCUGGUGAAUUCCAUAGCAGUCCGCAUAAGGCUGCCCCUCCUCCAGAAGAAGCAGUGGUCUCCAGUCCUGCUCUUGUCAUCCACUGUUAAAUCCCCAUCAGGCAAAACCCGCUAACACGGACCUUCCUAAAUAAGUCUUUUGAAUUCAAUUCCAGGAGCUCCAUUUCCACCUUCCAAACUUUUUUAACACAGAGACACUCCCUGUGACAGUAUCGGCAAUUCUUUCUGUCUCCUUAGGAUGAGUGUCUGGUUCUCCUAAAAUCUGAAUGGGCUCCUUAAGGUUGCUCAGGUGUGAUGUCUGAUCCAUUGCAGACUAGAGGAAAAAUUCAUACUGAAACUUUUACCACAAACUUGGAAAUGCCAGAAAACUGAAGAAAGGAAUGAAUAUGUGGGUACAUGAGUGUGUGUGUGUGUGUGUGUGUGUGGUGUGUAUGCAUUAUAAAUUACAAAACUAGCUUUGUUGUAUCUAAACAAAUCUUCUAGGCUACAGUAGGAAACAACCAUUUUCUAUAGAAUCAGACCCUUCACCUCUGUUGUCUUGGAGUCUAGGGAUUAAACUACUUUACCAUUUUAA